CCCGGCGCUCCCCGCGGCAGGAAAGGCCCGGCGCCUGCGCCCUCGGUUGCUGGUGGGAGCCGCUGCCAUGGCGCCCACGAUCCAGACUCAGGCGCAGCGGGAGGAGCCGGGCCACAGGCCCAACUCGCACCGGACGCUCCCCGAGAGGUCCGGGGUGGUUUGCCGCGUCAAGUACUGCAACAGCCUCCCCGACAUCCCCUUCGACCCCAAGUUCAUCACCUACCCCUUCGACCAGAACAGGUUUGUACAGUACAAGGCCACCUCUCUGGAAAAGCAGCACAAACAUGACUUGCUGACGGAACCUGACUUGGGAGUCACCAUAGAUCUAAUAAACCCGGAUACUUAUCGCAUUGACCCCAGUGUUCUUUUAGAUCCUGCGGAUGAGAAACUGCUGGAGGAGGAGAUCCAGGCACCCACCAGUUCCAAGAGAUCACAGCAGCAUGCCAAAGUUGUGCCAUGGAUGCGGAAGACCGAAUACAUCUCCACUGAAUUCAACCGCUACGGUGUCUCCAAUGAGAAGCCAGAGGUUAAAAUUGGCGUGUCUGUCAAACAGCAGUUCACCGAGGAGGAGAUCUACAAGGACCGAGAUAGCCAGAUUGCAGCCAUCGAGAAGACCUUUGAGGAUGCUCAGAAGUCAAUUUCUCAGCACUACAGCAAGCCUCGCGUUACUCCAACGGAAGUCAUGCCGGUCUUUCCUGACUUCAAGAUGUGGAUCAACCCUUGUGCUCAGGUCAUUUUUGACUCUGAUCCAGCGCCCAAGGACACCAGCGGGGCAGCAGCUCUGGAGAUGAUGUCACAAGCCAUGAUUAGGGGCAUGAUGGAUGAAGAGGGCAACCAGUUUGUGGCCUACUUCCUUCCCGUGGACGACACGAUGCGGAAGCGCAAACGGGAUCAAGAAGAGGAGAUGGAUUACGCACCCGAGGACGUGUAUGAGUAUAAAAUUGCCCGGGAAUACAACUGGAACGUCAAGAACAAAGCCAGCAAAGGUUAUGAAGAGAAUUACUUCUUCAUCUUCCGUGAAGGUGACGGUGUCUAUUACAAUGAACUGGAAACCAGAGUGCGGCUCAGCAAACGGCGAGCCAAGGCCGGGGUCCAGUCAGGCACCAACGCUGUGCUGGUGGUGAAACACAGGGACAUGAACGAGAAGGAGCUGGAGGCACAGGAAGCCCGCAAAGCCCAGCUGGAGAACCACGAACCCGAGGAGGAGGAAGAGGAGGAGAUGGACUUGGGCAAAGAGGCGCAAGGCUCAGACGAGGAGCCGGAGAAAGGCAGUGAGAGCGAGAAGGAGGCCAGUGAAGCCGAGGAGGAGGAGGAGGAGGAGGAAGAGGAGGAGGAAGGGCGCUCCCCCAGCGAGGGCGAGGGCGUCCCAGCCGAGGAGAGCGAGGAGGAUGAGCGGGCCGCGCGAGACAAAGAGGAGAUCUUUGGCAGCGACGACGAUGAGGAAGACUCUGAGCCGGAGGGCGGCCGGCCAGAGGCAGACGAGGAGAGCGGCAGCGAGGAAGAGGAGGAGGAGGACGAAGACGGGGGCAGCCGGCCGCAGCAGCAGCACCAUCGGGGCAGCCGCAGCCCCUUCUUCAGCGGCAGCGACCGCUCCAACCACGAGGAAGAGGAGGAAGGCGAGGCCAGCCCCAGCGACGCCCCUUCGGAGUCGAGCAGUGAGAGCAGCGACAGUGACUGAGCAGCCACGGAGGCCGUUCGGUGGGACUGGAACUGACGGAAGAGGCACGGGGGGCUCGAUUUGCCAGGCCCCUUCGGGUGUCCAGAGGGCCCUUUCGCCAGCUCUGCCGUCACUGGCCACAGGGGUCUGUUGGCUGGGCAGUUGGCCUGCUGGGGGAACCACGGGCUUCAGCCCUGGGAGUUCCCUGCUGUAUAUAAACGCUUUUUCUGUUGCAAUAAAAUAUGUGUUUCCCUCC